AUGGUGGGGACCCCGACGGGCGUUCUGCAAUACUUGGAUAGUCUGCGACAGCAACAGCAUCGGUUUGAUAUGCAGUUGUUUUUGGAAAUGCUGAUCGUCGAUGAGGCGGACCUUCUGUUUGCUUUUGGCUUCGAGAAGGAUACCAAAAGACUUCUUCAGCUCUUACCAUCAACAGCAGCGGGUCACUACCAAACCAUCUUAGUCUCUGCAACCCAAAACCAAGAGCUUUCCCAGCUACAGAAUUUGAUGCUGCACAAGCCGUUGAUUAUACGAAUUGAGGAGGAAGAGGGAACACCGGGAGGUACCGGUGGAGCGAACCCCAUUGGCGAGUUCUAUUUUCAAGUCCCAUCAGAAGCAGAGAAGUGGCUGGUGGCGUAUGCAUUUCUUCGUCUCGGUCUUGUUCCUCUGAAGUGCCUAGUCUUUUGCAAAGACGUUUCGAAUGUAUACGCAUUGCGCCUCUUCCUUGACCGAUUUGGAAUUGCCAGCGGCGUCUUAAGUCCUACUUUACCAAUAGCGGCUCGCGAGCAACAGAUUCAGGCGUUCAAUCAAGGCCUUAUCGACAUUCUGAUUACGAAUGACGGACAAUACAUGGAAGAAGACAACCCUCAAACAGAACCAGAUGACCCUGAAUCUGCUGAGGCUUCUACCAAGGAGGCGGAGUUCGCUGGACAUAGAGGUCUCGACCUACAGGGCGUCGCUUGCGUUUUUAAUUUCGAUGCGCCGAACUCUUUGAAGUCGUAUAUUCACAGAAUUGGUCGGACUGGUCGUGGAGGCGCAGCGGGAGUUGCAGUCACUCUUAUAGAUACAUCUCAGGAACAGCAGCAAUUUCUUCUGCAACAAAUGUUUACCAUGAGAAAGGCCACAGGGGCACUAGGGGAUAGCACGCUCACGCCGCUGUCACUGCAACUGCAAGACGUCGAAUGCUUCCGCUACAGAGUUGAGGAUGUGAGGCGAGGUAUCACAAAACGUGCCAUUGCUGCGGCUGUUGCACGAGACUUGCAGCAGCAGUUGCUGAAUUCAAGGAAGCUUAAGGAGUUUUUUGAAAGGAAUCCUAGGGAUAGAGAAGUGCUGAAGAGGGCAUGCAAACAGCUCAAGGAGAUGAACGUUUCUAAGGGCACAUUGGGGCACUUGCCUGACUAUCUUCUUUCUCAGACGCGUCCAACACAAAUGACAGCCAUCCAACUCGCGAUCCAACAGCAAACAGCUGGAACGGCAGCUACGAAAGGGUCUCAUGGUGCUCCUCGCCGCCGCCCAGUCAUCGACCCCCUGAAGUCCUUUAAAGCAGCAGUGUAG